CACAAAGUGGCUUUGCUCAGCUUGCCAGCAUUCUUCAAUCCAAAAAUCAUUUCACAAUGUCUAAUAUCCUCUUAUAAGAUGCUCAAAACUCAACAAAAGAGUGUCCAAAACUAGAACCUACCAAAAAAUGCAGAAAACCCAAGGAAUGGAGAGUGUGAAAGCCACAAACAACCAAACUGAACCAAAAGACACAUACAGACUUGCUUAUAUAAUCCAUUUCUUGCUUGGUGCUGGCAAUUUGCUUCCAUGGAAUGCUUUGAUCACAGCUAUUGAUUACUUUAACAAUCUUUAUCCAACCAAGCACAUUGAAAAGGUCUUCUCUGUGACUUACAUGGGUUCUUCUGUAUCUAUGCUACUUCUUAUUCUGAUUAUGAGUUGGGGUAGAAAAAUGAGCUUCAGAGUGAGAAUGAACUUGGGGUUUUCCUUGUUUGUUUUCUCUCUGAUGGUGAGUCCCAUAAUUGAUUGGGGUUGGCGUGGCGAUAGAUCGAAAGGAGGGUCUAGUGUAGCCUAUGGUAUAUUGGUUGGAGCAGUUGUGAUCUGUGGUUUGGCUGAUGGAUUGGUGGGAGGAAGCUUGAUAGGAUCUGCAGGCAAGCUGCCUAAACAAUAUAUGCAGGCAGUUUUUGCUGGGACUUCUUCUUCAGGUGUUCUGGUUUGCAUCUUGAGGAUUAUAACAAAGGCCUCACUUCCUCAUACACCACAGGGUCUCAGAACGAGUGCUCACUUUUACUUCAUAAUCAGCACAAUUAUAUUAAUUAGUUGCCUUGUCUGUUGCAACAUGUUAUACAAGUUACCAGUUAUGCAACAACAUUACAAACUCCUCCAAGAAGAACUGCCAUGUCCAAGGCCAAAAAUAUUGGACACAUGUAGAAAAAUCCGAUGGCCUGGUUUUGGGAUCUUCGUGAUAUAUACCAUGACACUGUCAAUUUUCCCCGGAUUCCUGGCUGAGAACGUCGAGUCCAAGCUCUUCGGAGAUUGGUAUCCGAUUAUGCUGAUCACAGUGUACAAUUUUACUGAUUUUAUUGGGAAGUCUUUAACUGCAAUUUAUGUGUUGAAGAGUAUUAGAAAGUCUACAUUCGCCUGCAUUGCUAGGCUCUUGUUUUACCCCCUAUUUGCAGCCUGUCUUCAUGGACCAAAAUGGCUGAAAACUGAGGUACCAAUAGUGGUUCUGACACUAAUGCUUGGACUGAGCAAUGGGUAUUUGACUAGUGUGCUUAUGAUUCUCUCUCCUAAAUCAGUGCCACCUUCAGAAGCUGAAAUAGUUGCAGUUGUGAUGGUUGUGUUCCUGGGGAUUGGUUUGGUUUCGGGUUCGAUUCUCGGGUGGUUCUGGAUCAUUUAAACCUGGUUGAAUUUCCAUAGUCAUAGUAAGGAUCAGUCGAAAGAAGUUUCUUGUAAUGUUUAUGGAAAUUGUUAUGAAUCUGUAAUGUAGAAGUCUGCUACUUUUCUCCAUCUCUUAAUCUUUUCCUUCUGA